AUGAACAGCCCCGAGUCGUCCACCGAGACCGCCUUGGCCAACACGCCCACUUGGUCAACACAGCCCACAUACAGCAACCUUGGUGAGAUCCGGGCCCACCUGCUGCCCUCCAAGGCCUGCCGCCCCCGAACACCCGAGUACCUCUCAGCCAACCGACAACUGCAGCCCCCACCCUUGCCCAAGAAGACCCUGACGCGAACCCAGUCCCUGCCCACCCACGGGACCCCUGGCCUCAGCCCCGCCCAUGCCAGGCAGCCUCGGAGGCCCCUCCUGGAGUCCCGUAGCGUGGGCGGGAGCCAGGAGGGCAACAAGGCGGCCAGCCCAGCCAGGCCCCUAGCAGAACUGACCUUCAGCACCCCCGAUGCUGAACUGGGCUGCUUCUUCCAAGACCUGCACGACCUGGACGCUGUGCAUGCCACACUCGCCACCCGGCAGCUGGCCGGCCUCGGCACCAUCCACGGCCGGCUCCGCGCCCGACUUGAGGGGGGCCGCCCUGGGCCCUGCCACCCCAGCCACGGCUUCCGCCUCCUGGACAGCUCACCCUACGUGGACAGCGGAGAUGCCUUCUACUACCGUGUGGUGCGGGUGGACGAGGACGCCUGGCACAUCCUGGCUGCCAAGGUGCCCAAACCAGAAGCCGAGGUCCCUGACGCAUGGGGCCUGGAGCUGCAGGCCUCGCUGCCCCCUCACUUCAACCUCCAAGGUCUGUGCGGCCUGAUACCCGAGCACGCCCUGCCCUCCGCGCCCUGGCGAGCUCCGGUGGCGCUGGUGGCUGAAGUGCCCGAGCGCACGGUGGCCCAGUGGCUGGCGGAGUUCGGUGCGCAGCGGCCCCCAGAGUUCGCCCGGACCGCAGCCCUGCUUCUGCUGCAGCUGAGCGCGGCCCUGGAACACCUGGAGGUACGAGGCGCGGCCCUGGCCGAGCUGCGGCCUGAGAAUCUGCUGCUGACCACGCCGCGGGGCUGCACGGCCACCGGGCUGCCGCGCCUGCUGCUCGCAGACUUCGGCCGCGUGCGUCCGCAGCCCACCAGGCCCCGGGGUGCCCACGCGCUGCCGCUGGCUGGCCUGCUCCGAGCACUGCUCGGCCCCGCGGCCACGCCCCCAGUCAUGCCCCUGGCUGCAGGUCUCCAGCACCUGGCGGCCCAGCUGCCUCGCCUGAGGCCCUCGGCAACCCAGACUCGGGGCGUGCUGCAGGCGCUGCUCUGGGGGCCCGGACCUGCGUUUUGCGGCCACGGGGCACCUCUGGGGUCCUGGCUGCGGGUACGUCGCACGCUGUUGGGCCUGCGUCUCGCAGAACAGACGGCGAGCGGGGAGGUGCCAGGCCUGGAGGACUGGCUGUGCUGUGAGUACCUGGCCGAGGCCACCGAGGGCACCCUGGCCCGCGCCCUGGCGCUGUUGUGGUACUGA